AUGAGAGGAGAGAACCAGAGCAGCGUGUAUGAGUUCCUCCUCCUUGGGCUCCCCAUCGAGCCAGAGCAGGAGGGCCUGUUCUUCAUCCUGUUCCUGGGCAUGUACCUGAUCACGGUGCUGGGGAACCUACUCAUCAUCCUGCUCAUCAGGCUGGACUCUCACCUCCACACCCCCAUGUACUUCUUCCUCAGCCACUUGGCCUUCACUGAUGUCUCCUUCUCAUCUGUCACCGUCCCUAAGAUGCUGAUGAACAUGCACACUAAGCACAAAUCCAUCCCCUAUGCAGGAUGCAUUUCACAGACAUAUUUUUUCAUCUUCUUUGCUGCUUUGGACAGUUUCCUGAUCACUUCAAUGGCUUAUGACAGGUAUGUGGCCAUCUGUCAUCCUCUCCAUUAUACCACCAUCGUGAGUCAGAGAGUUUGUAUCAUGCUGGUGGCCAGGCCCUGGCUCAUUGCCCAUGCGUGUGCUCUUUUGCACACCCUCCUCCUGGCCCGGCUUUCCUUCUCACCGGAGAACCAGAGCAGCAUGUCCAAAUUCAUCAUCUUGGGGCUUCCCUUCUGGCCAGAGCAGCAAAGCAUGUUCCUCACCCUGUUCCUGGGCAUGUACCUGACCACGGUGCUGGGGAACCUACUCAUCAUACUGCUCAUCAGGCUGGACUCUCACCUCCACACCCCCAUGUACUUCUUCCUUAGCCACUUGGCCUUCACUGAUAUCUCCUUCUCAUCUGUCACCGUCCCUAAGAUGUUGAUGAACAAGCACACUAAGUACAAAUCCAUCCCCUAUGCAGGAAGCAUUACACAGACAUAUUUUUUCAUCUUCUUUGCUGCUUUGGACAGUUUCCUGAUCACUUCAAUGGCCUAUGACAGGUAUGUGGCCAUCUGUCAUCCUCUCCAUUAUACCACCAUCAUGAGUCAGAGCGUUUGUGCCAUGCUGGUGGCUGGGUCCUGGCUCAUUACUUGUGCUUGUGCCCUUUUGCACACCCUCCUCCUGGCCCAGCUGUCCUUCUGUGCUGAUCACACUGUCCCUCACUUCUUCUGUGACCUUGAUGCCCUACUCAAGUUGUCCUGCUCAGACACUUCCCUCAACCAAUUGCUAAUCUUUAUUGUGGGAAUAGCAACCAUUGUGCUUCCAUUCUUAGGCAUCCUGGUUUCUUAUGGCCAUAUUGGGGCCACCAUCGUCCGGGCUCCCUCUACCCAGGGCAUUGGCAAAGCCUUGUCCACUUGUGGAUCUCAUCUCUCAGUAGUGACCCUUUACUAUGGGACAAUUAUUGGUCUAUAUUUCCUUCCUUCAUCCAACAACACCAAUGACAAUAACAUAAUUGCUUCAUUGAUGUACACAGUGGUCACUCCCAUGUUAAACCCCUUCAUUUAUAGCCUGAGAAAUAAAGACAUGAAAGGGGCCUUGAAAAAACUCUUGAGUAAGAAAACAUAUUCUUCCAAACAAUACUUACCUUUCUUUUAA